AUGGUCAAGGAGAGCAUGACUAGCAAAAUAGCACUAACAGAUUCCGAUCUUGAAGUUCCUCAAAGCGAAGUCCAACCCCUUUGCAUAGCCAUGAAUCCUAAAUUGCUCGAAACAAGAAGAUCAGGUGAUCAAGGAGUUCUAGAUGAAUCACUACGACAAGAAGAUUUUUGUUUGGGAGCUUCAGUGUCGGAGAUUGCAAUAACAAUAUCAGAGGAUGUUGCAAUACAAAAUGAUACUAGUUGCCUCCACAAAAUAACACAGGAAGGGAACAUAGCCCUCCAUAGACUUGGUAGCCAAAGAAAUUUGGAGCUUGCCGGUGAGAUCUGCCAUAAAGGGGAAUCUCUUUUGAUGGCACCAAACAUGAGGCUCGACACUCCAUUGCAUUAUGCUGCAAGGGAUGGAGAUGACAAGAAGGUCUCCAUUAUCAUUCAAUCUGCAAAGGAGGGUAGGACCGAAGCGAGAGUGUUAACAGCAAGGAAUAAGAACGAAGGCACUGCUUUGCAUGAGGCUGCCAAAUAUAACAAUGAGCGCGUGGCCGAGAUAUUGUUGGAGGCGGAUGAUGGAUUGGCAUCAAUGCUGAAUGAUGAUGGUAUGUCUCCGCUCUAUUUGGCUAUCGUGACAGGAUCCUUCAAUGUAGCUAAAGUCUUACUGCAGUCUUCCUUCUGGAUGAAUGCUUCUUUGGAAUCUUACACGGGCCCUAACGGGAAAACGGCGUUGCAUGUAGCAGUCCACCUGAGUCGAGAAAUUACAGAAGAAAUAUUGAAAAGGAAGCCGAUGCUAGCCAAAUGCAUCGAUUCCUCGGGAAGGGCUCCUCUUCACUAUGCAGCUAUAGAUGGAGAUCGUGAUACGGUGAAGCUAUUAUUGGAGUACGAUCCCUGUACAGCCUACCGAUCAGAUACUAAUGGCUUAUUUCCCAUACAUAUGGCAGCCAGUAUGGGAAACUUUCAUAUAGUUGAUCAGAUUUUACAACAAUGCUUCGAAACAAGCAAAUUAUUAGACAAGGAGGGAAAGAAUUUUCUUCAUGUCGCUGUGCAAAGGAGAAGAUUAGAUAUGGUCAAGAAAAUUAUAUCCCUGCGACCAAGUCUCAAAGAGUUGUUAAAUGACCAGGAUAACCAGGGGAAUACGCCGUUACACACGGCCGUUGAAAACAGUGACCAACGGAGCGUGCAUUUUCUUCUGCGCGACGAAACCGUGCUCUUCAACAUUGUAAACCGUGACGGCUUCACCCCUCUCGACUUGGCUUGCGAAAAGAUGGAUGAAGGCCUGCACUUCUGGAUGAAUGCAGAAUACUGCAUCGCUAGCUGCUUGGCUUUAAUAAAGGCUCACUCCAGUCCACGAGAGUUGCAUGAUUGGAAAAGGGUCGUACCAUCCAGCGACGGCAAUGAGGACAAAACGAAGCCAUCCAGCGAUGAUAAGGUCAAAGAAAAUUCAUCCAGCGGCGAGGAAAUAGAAAUGAAGAAAAUGCAGGAUGAAGAAUUAAAGAAAGAGCUGGAUAUACCCAAAAAUUGGGUGGUCGCUGCGGUGUUGAUUGCUACAGUUACAUUUGCUGCUGGCUUCACUGUCCCUGGGGGGUAUAUAGCCGAUGAUCAUCCAGGCCGUGGCACAAUUGUUCUAGCAAAAGAGUAUGCUUUCAAGGUGUUCCUUGUCUCAGAUGCCUGGGCGUUCGUUUGGUCCAUGUUAGCCACAACCUGGUUCAUGUAUGCAGGGACGUCGACAGUUGAUAAACAUACUCGCAGGCGAGUCUUUUUUUUGGCUUGGCAGUGUCUAUGGGUGGCAUUUAGUGGCAUGUCCACUGCAUUCGCGAUGGGUAUAUAUGCAACGUUGGCUCAUAGCAGCGCAAGCAUCAGCAUUCUUUUAUGCAUCAUUGUUCUCACAACUCCUCCUUUAGCUACUGUAGUGUCAGAGCAUAACUUACUUAGUAUGAGUAGGACGGUAGGAAUCAGGCAAGGGUACAGACAUUGCAUUUGGCCAACCACCAUACACCCGCAAGUUGGAAAAGUUCUUCGUCCUGCAUUGCAGCCCGUCGGAGCUAGAGUCAUUUAUUCGCUGCUUCCAAUGUUGGUCGCUUAUGCUAUCUUUUUCCUAUUUCCGCUGCUCUUUGUGAGUAAAAAUUAA